UAGUUAAUAAAUUAUCAGCUAUAUACUGUUAUUGAAAGCUCAUUUCAGCUCUCAGUCAAAGCUAAAUGAAUUGAUUACAGCGUAUAUAUGCAGGAGUUACAAUAAAGUCAAAAUUUCUCCAGUUGAAAUGUUUACUUUCUUCACCAACUCUGCUGACUCCACCCAAAACGUUGCUCCUUUGUCUAAUGCACCCGUCCACCUUGGCGGGUUAUCUUUUCAACCGUUAUUCACUCUGAUUGUGACAUACUAUGCUGAUGCCUUUAGGAUUACCUCUCGUCUACAUUUUCUCUCUGUGACCAAAAUAUAUAAUCAUUCGAAAGAUAAAAUUUCUGGGAAUCUUUUUGGAAUAAAAAUGGUACCUAUCGGAGGAAUUCAAUCAUUUUUAAUAUUCUUGGAUACUUUUAACGUAGCAAAUGGAAUCUCAAACAGCAUUCGUCAUUUGACUGCAGCCAUGCUGGAGCAAUUAAACAAUGGUAACCUUGGUUACAGAUUUCUGAUGGGUCCAUCAAGAGUUCACUGCAUUUAUGAUGGCGAAAGUGACAAAGUAGUAAUCUAUGCAACACAAGCGAAAUAA